GCGACAACCCUAUCGGGUGUAGCGAAUAAUUUAUCUAGCAUAGAAAAAUAAUUCAAAAGUAUUUGUUCUGUGAAUAAACAAAACAAAUUAAUUAGAACGCCAUGUGCGUUUCUAGAAUCGUUAAAUCUUUUGCAUAAAAUAAAAUUAAGUAAAAAUCAAUAUCCUCAUCAAUCAUUCUUCUCGUAUUUGGAUCACGGACCAACCCCUAUACGCGAGUCGAGCGUAUAAGACCAGAAAAAGGGAUAUAUAUAAUAGUUAAUUCGACAAAAUAAUCAUAAUGUUUAAAAAUUAUUGGAUGUUCAGGGUGCUGGCAUUUUGCGCACUAGCUGCACUAUGCCUCUGUGUCGUGAAUGACCCUUAUAAGGAGCUUGGAAUAACUAGGACAGCAUCGGUGACUGAAGUGAGAAGAGCCUAUAAACAAUUGGCAAAAGAAUGGCACCCCGAUAAAAACAAUCAUCCGGAUGCUGAGCGGAAAUUUGUGCAAAUUAAAAAGGCCUAUGAACUGCUGAAUGAUGCUGAGCGUCGGAAGAUUUACGAUCGACAUGGAAUCACAAGUGAAGAUUCGCAUUAUUUUAAGCAAAAGCAUGAUUACAGCGGUUACAAUCGUUUCGGCUUUGACCCAGUUGAAGAGUUUUUCGGCAAGCAAUUCGGUUUUGACCAGGACAUCAGUGUGUAUCACAAGUUGUCGGUGACAUCUAAUUAUUUCGAGCAAACAAUUAUACCAAAGAGUAAAACCAAAUUGUACAUCAUUAUGUUUUAUAACGAUUGGUGUUUCGGCUGUAUAAGAAUAGUUGGAGCAUUCAAGAAACUAAUCGAUACUUUCGAACCACUUGGCAUCCAAUUUGCGACAAUAAAUGCGGCACACGAACCAAGUAUUCUACGAAAAACUGGAGCGGAUAAUAUUCCUCGAAUGGUGCUGGUUAUGGGUGGACAUAGUUAUGUGUAUCGUGAGAAUAUUUAUACACAACAGAAACUCGCUGAAUUUUUACGCAAGAAAAUGCCCUUUAAGAUUGGACAACGGAUUAAUGACGAUAAUCUCAAUGAUUUUCUAAAUGGUUGGACUGACAACAGGGUACGGGCUUUGGUCUUGGAGCCACGCAGUGUGACAAGAUUGAGAUAUCUUAUAUCUGCCUUUGCGUUUCAUGAUCGUGUGGCAUUUGGAUUUGUGGAUCUUACAAAUAAAAACGCUAAGAUGAUAAUUGAACGAUUCAAAGCUAAUCCUAAAUUGGACACACUCUUUCUGUUCAAUGAAGAUUCGUUGAGAGCCGUGGCAAGUAUUUCCAUGGCCGAUAUACCCACUCAAACACUUGAGAACAUUAUUUCAUCGAACCAAUACUUGUCACUUCCAAGGCUGUCAUCGCAAGAGGUGCUCGAAGGUGUUUGUCCAGCUGAGUGGAACAGGCCCAGAAAGCGAUUGUGUGUGGUCUUAAUAACCGAAAACUCACCAGAGUAUGAUAAUGCAAGGGGAGCCUUGAGACACAUUGCCCAAGAGAGUGGAUACAGCUUGGAAAGAGUACGAUUUGCGUACAUGUACAAGGAGAAGCAAGCUGAUUUCCUAAAUGCCAUUUCAAAGGGUUCCUUUGAAGACAACUUAUUGCGUCUGGUGGUCAUAUGGCGACGUGAUAGCACCCAAAUCAAAUACGAAUGGGUCGACGGAGCCAAAUUAGAUAUAAAAACUACAGAUUUUAACAACAACACGGCCAUUAAUACGACUAAACAUGAGAUUAAUCUAACUAUACAAAGACUUUUGAAAACAUCUGAGGCUUUAACCUAUGAGGCUUUUGUCCAGAAUCUACUGGACGAACAUGCUCAGGGCUUAUUGAGUAAAUGGAUAGCUCGUUUACUCUAUUUAGUGGACUAUCUAUCUGACAAUAUUGAAGAUGAGCACGUGUUUGCAGCUUUAUCGCUAUUGGGAACUAUUGCCUUUAUGUUCGGAAUUGGAUAUGUAAUGAUGUACUUUGUUCGAGCUGAAGAGGAGACUCUCAAAGCCCAGGGACAACUAAAUACUGAGGGAUUGUGCAAUAAGCCAAAUAAGCAGGCGCCAGAACUGAAACUGUAUGAGCUAAGAGCUGAGAAAUACAAUGGAUUAGUGCGUUUGCUGAAGCCAGGAUGUCGAACAAUAAUAUUGAUAACGGACCUGCAGAGUCGACCGAAACUUAUACCGCCUUAUCAUCGAGCUGUUUGGCCAUAUAGGCGAACCAAGACUCUAUUAUUUGGUCAUAUGCUUAUUGAGAAAGGAUUGUCUUGGUAUUCAGAGCUGCUUCGCUUAUCAUUAUGCACAAAUCAGAAUCUACAGAUAAAUCCAAGAAACUGUGUAGGCACCGUCAUAGCAUUAAAUGGACACCGAAAGUAUUUUUGCGUAUAUCACGCAAAGCAUCCCGAAUGCGCUCGGGGAACUAAAAGAAUGAUUAAAAUGACCAAGCAAUUGCUGGAUAGAAAUGACGACCCAGAGAUUGGAAACUUCCUUGGUGUGAAUUAUUCGGAAGAAUCGGAUGCUGAAACAAAUGUUCUCUUUGAAGACAAUUUAUUAGAUGGUCUCAGCAAUUGGCUGGACCGAUUGUUUGAGGGAACUACACAUAGAUACUUCAUUAACUACUGGCCUGAUUUUCCAACGAAGUAAAUUCGUCGCAAUAAAAACAAUAUUCAAAAUAAGGGUAAUCUAUCUCUAGCAACUCUAUCUUGGCACCAAUUUCUUCAACUAACUAGCGUAGCUUGCCUCCCAAAACUUGAUGUGGACCAAAUCAAGGAUACUGCCAACAUACUUCGCAUCGCCAAAUCCGUCAUUAACUACAUGCAAACAGUAUUGUGUUGAUUCAAAUGAUAAUCAUUCAUUUUUGUAUUAAUUAUAUUUGUUAGCAAAGAAAUAAAAGUAAGUUUAGUGCAUUACAUAUUGCAAUAUUAAACUGAA